AUGCUCUUCGCACUCAUCUUUGUGUGCACGCGCAUCUCGCAGAUCACGACGCUGAUCCCCAUCGUCGGCAUGCUCUCGUGGUUCAUCAACAUCUUUGUCGGUUUCAACGCCCUCACGCCCGACAGCAUCCUCAUCCUCUUCAUCACCUCGGUCCUCGCCCUCGCCUGGGCCGUCUUCACCCUCUUCAGCUACCAUCGAUCGAGCGCCAACGCACGCUUCGUCGCCGUCGUCGACCUCGCCAUCUUCGGAACGCUCAUCGCCUCCGUCUACGCCCUCCGCGGCAUCGCCGACGCCGACUGCUCCAACACGCCAUCCUUCUGGGGCUUGUGGACGAACCACGUGUCCGUGCCCGACUUUGGCUGGGCACCCAACAAACCGUGCGCCAUGCUCAAGGCUUGCUGGGCCUUUGCCAUCAUGAACAUUCUCUUCUUCUUCACCACCGCCGUCGUCGCCUUCGCCCACGGCGAUCACAUGAGUGCGCACCGCGACGAGGACCGCAUCCACACCCGCUCCACCACCCACUACACGCAAUCGAGCAGGCGUACCCGCAGUCACAGGAGCCACUCGGGGUCGCGGCGCAGCAGCAGCCACCCUAGUCCGCACUCGCACACGCGCCGCGUCUACGUCUAG